GAGCGAAAACAAACAGCUGGGGCUGCGAGCGCCUCCUCCCCGGCCCCUAAAGCUCUCCGGCCCGGGCCCCCACUCGGGGCGCCCUCCCGCCCACCAUGAGGAAGAUCCGCGCCAAUGCCAUCGCCAUCCUGACCGUAGCCUGGAUCCUGGGCACUUUCUACUACUUAUGGCAGGACAACCGUGCCCACGCAGCAUCCUCAGGCGGCCGGGGCGCGCAGAGGGCCGGCGGGAGGCCGGAGCAGCUCCGCGAAGACCGCACCAUCCCGCUCAUUGUGACAGGAACACCCUCCCGAGGCUUUGAUGAGAAGGCGUACCUGGCGGCCAAGCAGCUGAAGCCCGGUGAGGACCCCUACAGGCAGCACGCCUUCAACCAGCUGGAGAGCGACAAACUGAGCUCAGACCGCCCCAUCCGGGACACCCGCCACUACAGUUGUCCAUCUCUGUCCUACUCCACGGACCUGCCGGCCACCAGUGUCAUCAUCACCUCCCACAAUGAAGCCCGAUCCACCCUGCUGCGCACGGUGAAGAGUGUCCUGAACCGAACUCCUGCCAACCUGAUCCAGGAGAUCAUUUUAGUGGAUGACUUCAGUUCAGAUCCUGAAGACUGUCUGCUCCUGACCAGGAUCCCCAAGGUCAAAUGCCUGCGCAACGACCGGCGGGAAGGGCUGAUCCGGUCCCGCGUUCGCGGGGCAGAUGUGGCCUCAGCGGCCGUCCUCACCUUUCUGGACAGCCACUGUGAAGUGAACACCGAGUGGCUGCAGCCCAUGCUGCAGCGGGUGAAGGAGGACCACACCCGCGUGGUGAGCCCCAUCAUUGAUGUCAUCAGUCUGGAUAAUUUUGCUUACCUUGCUGCGUCCGCUGACCUUCGCGGAGGAUUCGACUGGAGCCUACAUUUCAAGUGGGAGCAGAUCCCUCUUGAGCAGAAGAUUGCCCGGACAGACCCCACCAAGCCCAUAAGGACGCCUGUCAUAGCUGGAGGGAUCUUUGUGAUUGACAAGUCCUGGUUUAACCACUUGGGAAAGUAUGAUGCCCAGAUGGACAUCUGGGGGGGAGAGAAUUUUGAGCUCUCCUUCAGGGUGUGGAUGUGCGGAGGGAGCCUGGAGAUCGUGCCCUGCAGCCGCGUGGGCCAUGUCUUCCGGAAACGGCAUCCCUACAACUUCCCUGAGGGCAACGCCCUCACCUAUAUCAGGAACACCAAGCGCACUGCAGAGGUGUGGAUGGACGAGUACAAGCAGUACUACUACGAGGCCCGGCCCUCGGCCAUCGGGAAGGCCUUCGGCAGUGUGGCCACAAGGAUCGAGCAGAGGAAGAAGAUGAACUGCAAGUCCUUCCGCUGGUACUUGGACAACGUCUACCCAGAGCUCACGGUCCCAGUGAAGGAAGUGCUCCCCAGCAUCAUUAAGCAAGGGGUUAAUUGCCUAGAAUCCCAGGGCCAGGACGCUGCUGGGAACUUCCUGCUUGGAGUGGGGAUCUGCAGAGGGUCCGCCAAGAAUCCCCCGGCACCCCAGGCAUGGCUGUUCAGUGACCACCUCAUCCAGCAGCAGGGGAAGUGCCUGACGGCCACCUCCCCCUCCACCUCCAUCUCCCCUGGGUCCCUUGUGGUGCUGCAGACAUGCAACCCGAGAGAAGGCAGGCAGAGAUGGAGGAGAAAAGCUUCUUUCAUCCAGCAUUCAGUCAGCGGCCUCUGCCUGGAGGCCAAGCCCACCCAGCUGGUGACCAGCAAGUGCCAGGCUGACGCCCCGGCCCAGCAGUGGCAGCUGUUGCCGCACACAUGAUGGUAGCCCGGGGCCUCCGUACCUUUUGCAUGAGACUUUGGGGCUGGAGGGUUAGGGUGGGGGAGUGUAAAGCGGCCGUUUUCAUCUCCUCACAUUUCUGCCCGAACCAUCAGCCAACCCCUGCCAUGAGACACCAUUCUCCAGGCUCGCACAGGAGGGCGGGGGGCAGGCCCGGUGCCCAGGCUGCCGACCCGCCCUCCGCCCGGGAGAGGAGGUCAGGACGCUGGACCGUUGCUGGGCAGAGACUGGGCAAGUGCCCUCACCCUUUGUCCCUUCCCUCUCCUUCCUGGGGCCCGUGGUUUGGGUACCCUCCCCUUGUUGUCUGGGGAGAGCAAGGACAGAAGCCCACACAGGGUCCCCACUGUGUCGCAGGGCCUGCCUGUGGGAUCGAGCACGAGAAGAAAGCGUAGGCGGCGUGGAAGACGGGCUGGGAGGA